AUGGCUCCACAGCUGGCGACGGACAAUGAUUUGAAUCAGAUUUUGAAAGAAACGUUUACCACAGAAUUUCGCAAAGGCUACAUCACCGUGAACGGUGUUUGCUUGCCGGAGAGAUUCAACAAAUUUUCCCAGGCGAUCGAGGAUUUUGAAGUGAGAGACGACGAUGUCUGGGUCUGCAGUUUCCCUAAAACUGGUACAACGUGGACUCAGGAAAUGAUCUGGUGCGUCGCGAAUGAUUUCGAUUUCGAAGGUGCAAAGGUUCUGUUACCUGAAAGAUUCCCUUUCUUGGAGCAUUCUGUACUCUUCGAUUACACCACGAUCAUGCCUCGUCAUCCAGAAGUGAAACUACACCGGUUGGUCUCGGAUAGCGUGAACUAUGUGAGCAGUCGGAUCAGUCCAAGAUUCAUCAAGACUCAUUUGCCUUUUCAUUUACUUCCACGUCAGCUUCGAACAGGCAAAAGGAAACCGCGUAUCGUCUACGUUGCCAGGAAUCCAAAAGACACCUGCGUUUCAUAUUAUCAUCAUUGCAGACUGAUGGAAGGUUAUCGCGGCGACUUUAACACUUUUUGUCGUCUAUUUUUGGGUGAAAAACUGUGCUUCACUCCAUUUUGGGACCAUAUUCUUCAGUUUUGGAACAGAAGAGAGGAUAGCAACAUUUUAUUUUUGAAGUACGAAGACUUGAAGUCCGACUUGUCCACGGUGAUCCAAAAGUCGGCGACGUUUCUCAACAAAACCAUGUCCAACGAUCAAGUGAAAGCGCUGUUGGAACAUCUCAGCUUUAACAAUAUGAAAUCCAAUCCGGCAGUGAACUACGAGGAUGCCGUUGAAACGAACAAGAAACUGAAAUUGAUCGACGUCGACGGCGACUUCAUUAGAAGCGGAAAAGUGAAUCAGUGGCAGGGAGAGAUGCCCGAAAGUAUAAUCGAGCGAUUCGAUGAGCUGACGAGGGAAAAAUUGGCUACGAGAAACUUUUUCUUCUGA